AUGUUUUUGGACGUAACGACAGAUGCAACACUGGAAGGAUCCUCUAUGGGACCCCUAAGUCUGCCUUAUAGUCAGGAGCCUGUGGUGUUUCCACGCAUCGUUCAUGUAUCUGAUGUGAGGGUAUCUUAUGAAGGCCGUGCAGUUAUCUCUCGACAGAAAAGGAACAUCUUUUUCCCAAGUGGAGUCAAACUGUGCGCACAAGAAACCGCUCAGCAGGUUGUUGCAAACCAUCUGAGCUACUUUCUUCUCAGAGUGUGCCAGGAGACCAUAUGGGAGGCUUUCAAGAUCUUCUGGGACCGCCUCCCAGAGCAAGAAGAGUACCAAAACUGGAUGAGCCAAUGCCAGGAGGGCAAAGUCAUGGCACAAGAUAUUGGCAGCUACUUUAGCCAAUCAGAGGAGCACCAGGCUCUGGUUAAAAAGAGAAUGUCGCAGCCAGGUUUGAAAAGCGAACCCACCAGUUCGUGGCAACAUAUGUGCAGCACCCCAACACCGGUCACAUCAGCAGCUCCUGAGCUAGAGGACGUAGCUAAAGGAGAAAAGGGGGAGGAAGCAGCCACCGUUGUCCCAGAGGUGGAGGAGAGUACACUGAACAACGAUAUUGCCCUGCAGCCUCCCACACCCACUGUGCUGGAGCAGGUGGUGGAGCUCAGCAUCCUCCUGACCGGAGAGAUGUACAGCGAUGACCUCGAGGAUCCAGCCAGCCUCCAGUUCCAAACACUCAGUAGACAGCUUGCUGAAAAGAUAGAGGAUGCCCUGGAGGGGCUUCCUGGAUUUAAGGGUGUGUCUGUGCUGGACUUCAGGCCCCAGAAGGACACCCAAGGGCUGGAUGGCGUGAUAGUGGACUAUGCUGUCACAGUGGUGGUGGAUGGAGCAGGGGUGAGCACCGACCAACUGGACUACCUGACCUUGCAGUCGAACCGGGUGGAGAACUUGUACCGUGAGGUCAAGGAGCCCCCCACAGUGGCGUACACCAUCAGCGAGGUCAAAACCUUUGUCUCUGAAGCCCUGCAUAACAGCGAGGUGGAGAGCGUGUUUGAGAUCCCAGAGUCUUUCAACGCUGCACACGGACCCGCGGUCAGUGUUGUCAACGAGCCACCAGAGGUCAUGAGCCUGGAAGAAGACAUCCAAAAUGACGUCCUGCUUGAGCCCUCUGAAACCAACACAGCGGCAACAUCAGAAAAUGACAUUGUUGUUCUGGAGGAGAGUACUGUUGUGUCUCCUGCUCCUGUCCUGACCACCAUUGCACCUGAAGCUGACAGCAUUGAGGAGGAGGGUCUGUUGCUCAAGGACACUGUGCAGACUCCUGCUGUAGAGAACCCUGCAACAGAGGAGCUCCAAGCUGAACUGUCCUCCCCUGAGCUGCCAGAGGAUGUCACACUGCCAGAACCGCCAGUGGAGAUUGAGGCCUCCGGCUCAGGCACAGGCGACCUGGAAAACCUGCUACGGCCUGCUUCAGAAGAUGAAAUGACAACAGAUUAUGUUGCUGUAGGUGCAGAUGCUAUAUCUGAAGCUGACACAAAGGAAGUGGGAGAGGAGCCUACUGCUGCAGACGCAGUGAUUCUUGAAGAAGACCGUCCUACUGAGGUUGUGGUGAAUGAAGCAGAGAUCGCAGAGGAGCUGGAGAUCUCCACAAUUGCAUCCAAAACCACAGAAGAAGAAGGCCUGCCUGUCCUAGUCCCACCUACUGAGGCUGUAGAUGUAGCAAGUGAAGCAGAAACCGGUCUGCUUCCUUUUGGUGAAGACUCAGUGGAGGGGACAGCCGAAGAUUCAUACCUCACAGAUGUUCCACUUGCAGAUGAAGUGGCAAACCCAGAAAAUGCAGCCAUUAAUGUGGUGUUUUCCAAUCCUGAAAAAUCUGAAAAUGGUGAGGACUCUGUAUUUGAAGAUGGUGGCAUGGAGGAAGCAACAGAGAGCGAGGGACACAAGGUGACGGAAGACCCAGAAAUAUCUGAAGCUCCGGCUGUAGAGAAAGAGGCCCCGGAAGCUCCUCAGAUCUCAACAGAAGAUCUCACGGAGGAUGAGAUCUUCCUGGCGAACAACGAUGAACCAAAACCACCAGUGACAGCUUCUUUGAGCCCUGCCCAACCAACCACCCUGUCUCCAGAGAGAGAGUCACCUUUCACCCAUAUCGCUGAUGUUAAACCUGCCUCUGAGGAGAAACCUGACACCAUCAUCCCCUCACUGGUGGAGAUCAAGACCUCUAACGAAAGCUUGGAUGAUUCCACCAAUGGAGACCAGGGCUAUGACGUGGUUCAUUAUGGUUAUGGUCUGAUUAACCACACAGAGGAGGGCAGCACUGGAUUCCCGUUUGGUGUGGCACAUGGCACAGACCAGGCCAGUAUCGCCCUGCCUGUAAACCCUGGACGAGCACUUAUGGUGUUCUUCAGCCUGAGGGUGACAAACAUGAUCUUCUCAGAGGAUCUCUUUAACAAGAGCUCCCCAGAGUACAAAGCUUUGGAGCAACGCUUUCUAGAGCUGCUUGUGCCCUACUUGCAGUCCAACCUGAGUCACUUUGAGAACCUGGAGAUUCUGAACUUCCGAAACGGCAGCAUUGUGGUCAACAGUCGGAUGAAAUUUGGGAAACCUGUGCCUCGUGGCGUGACUACCACUGUCUAUCUUAUCCUGGAAGACUUCUGUAACACAGCCUACCAGACCAUGAACUUGGCCAUCGAUAAGUACUCGCUGGAUGUGGAAUCAGGUGACCAAGCCGACCCCUGUAAGUUCCAGGCGUGUAACGAGUAUGCGGAGUGUAAGGUGAACAAGUGGUCGGGGGAAGCAGAGUGUGUCUGCAACGCAGGCUACUUCAGUGUAGAUGGCCUGCCCUGUCAGAGUAUCUGUGAGCUGCAGACUGACUUCUGCCUCAAUGACGGCAAGUGUGACAUCAUCCCUGGCCAGGGAGCCAUCUGCAGGUGUCGCGUUGGGGAGAACUGGUGGUACCGAGGAGAACACUGUGAGGAGUACGUAUCCGAGCCGCUGGUGGUCGGCAUAGCGAUCGCCUCCGUAGCUGGCUUCCUGUUGGUGGCCUCCGGAGUGAUCUUUUUCCUGGCCAGGACAUUACGGGAUCAGUAUGACAAGGAUGAGUCAGAGGACCCCAUAAGGCGAGCAGAGAGUCUCCCAUCUUUGGAGAGGGCGACCAAGUACAAUCCCAUGUAUGAGAGUGAGGCCACCACAGGCUAUAGCCACUACUACCGCCGCUAUCCGGAAGCUCCAAUCUACAGCAGUACCAGCGCUGAGGCUUCCACUGACGUCAGCAGCGAGGAGAUACGGCACAUCUAUGAGAACAGUGAACUGACCAAGGAGGAAAUCCAAGACAGGAUACGUAUCAUUGAGCUUUACGCUAAGGACCGGCAGUUUGCAGACUUUGUACGGCAGCAUCAAGCUGUCCUGGACACCCGCAGAGAGAGCUCGUCUUCACAGACAUGAAACUCUGCUGUGAACAACGAGAAACAUACAUCUAUCUUAAAAAAGUGAAGCUCCCUGUCAAGACUUUCCUCUUCUUGGCCAUGGUUCUUGGAGCCAGGACUGCACUGUUUAAAGGGACUGUCAUUCAGUACACUAUUAUUUUCCCAUUGAAGGGCCCCUCUCUGUGUCUGCGUCUGUCCCUGCCUGUGUGGGCAGAGGUGUUGACUGUUCUUCCUCCUUCCUCUGUGCCUUCUCUUGACUGGGUGAGCUGGUGUGUGACAUCAAGCGAUGUGUUUUGCUGCUCGUCUACUGGACGUCUCCCUUUAAGGAAAGCUGGACCGCGUCCUAUUACUUGAAACGUUGACAGACACAUAACAAUACUGUGUAGUGCUUUUGCUUAGUGGCAUAAUGGUUUAGUUUCAUCAUAUCCUAUUUGUCCAUUCUUAAAAGGGAAGAACAUAAAACUGUAAAUAUGUAUAUCACGUUACUUUGAGGCUCUUUUCUAGUUAGGAUAUUAUUUAAACAGUUUUCUCUACUCUCUUGUCCCUCCAAGGCUCCAAUUGACUCUUUUGGUCUUCUUAGAGAGGCGCUGAGGGAGUUGCUGCUUUUUAGUCAAUGGUGCUAUCUUUACAACACUCUUCGAAAUGUAGUGGUCUAUAAUGACUAAUUUUUGCAAUUUAAAAGCAACACCAAUGGAUCAACUCUGUGUAUUAAAGUACUAAUGUGCAUUAAAGGAAUAGUUCUUAAUUUUAGGAAAUAUGAAUAUUUCCUUUCUGGCAAAGAGAUCGAUCAAAUUCUCAUAUUGGUCUGUGAAUAUGAAGCUUCAGCUCGCCUGGCUCUGUCUAAAGGUAAAGGACAAUAUGUACUCUGUUAUUUAUGGAGCGUUAGAGAUGCUGGUAGGUGGAUUUUGUAACCAGUGGACAGAUCCAGGCUAACUGAUACCCCUUGUUUCCAGUCUUUGUGCAAAGCUAAGCUAAAUGGCUGCUGGAUGUAGCCUUAUAUUUCAUGUACAGAUAUGAAAAUGGUAUUGAUCUUUCCGUCUCAAUCUCUAACAGAAAGCAAAUAAGUGUUUUUCCCAGAAUGUCAAACCAUACCAUUCAUCGUUGUAAAAGCAGCAUUUCACAAUCUGAACUAUAAGUGGAAGGCUUUCUACUGGCAGGUGAUUUUUCUGCCUUUUUAAGAGCUCCAUCAAUCAGAAGAUUUGGUGUAUGUUUGUAAAUGUAUGGCGUGGCACACAUGAGAGAAUGAAAACAGUGGUGAGGUGAGACAGAGAGCAUGAACCCUCUAUAGCUCUGGGAUCCAGAAAUAAGGGAAAACACGUUUCACUGGAAAAAUGCUCUGGGGCAGGCGGCCCAGGGAUUUGAUCAAAUGGUCUGCUUUCAGAUGUCAUAUGUAAUGCAACUGAAAAAAUAGGCUGAUAAACAUUUGCUCUUUGGAAAUACAACCUGAAGCUGCGUCUCCUGCUGAGAAAAACCUCAAGGUUACCAGCGAUUCUUCAUAAAAUAAUAUCUGCCCUCUGACUACUUGUUCGGUGACGAUGCUCCUCCUCAAUCUGAAACCUUCUGACAGACUUAUUGCAGUGUUUUCUUUGGUAUUUUCCUACGUUCCUCGCUGGGCUUGUUGUGCUUGACCCCUCUUGUCCCUUGAAUGGAUCCUCACAGCUGCAGCUGAUUACGAUCUGUAGGUUUUCGUUUGUUGUCAGCCAGUCUUACCGUCAGUUCUGUUAGGAGGUCAGAAUCAGACACGUAGAUCAUGUCCUAGCUUCUUGUUUACAUUACACGGUUCUAGUCCUCUGCUCUUCUUUUAGACAUCUACACAGGCGAUAAACACUGGUGAAGCAGACUCUUGUGACUGAGUCAUGCCUUUCGCAAUCUGCAUAUACAAUCUUAUUUUUAUAUGCAUGCUUUUUGUGUGUCUGCAUACGUUAUUUGUCAACAUUCUCCAUCUGCCACCCGGACAAAACAGCCAAUCAUCCCAUAUAGUCUUCUGUCAUGUAAAUAAAUAUAUAUACUGUAUUAUUAACAGUUACAUUGUAGCAUUGUGAAUCGUGUGUGUCUCAAAUAUUUCAAUGUAUAUGAAUAUAUUCUUUUUAUACUGAUAACUGUUUCACCAUUUUAACAGUGUUACCAUAACGUGCAGCUGUGUACAUCACUAAUAAGA